GCUUGAGGUGCGCUGAGACCAUGGACGCCGAGCCGCCCCCUCUGGAGGAGCGCCGUCGGCUGCAGGAGGAGCUGAGCGAGUUCGUGGAGAGCUGCUGCCGGACGCUGGAGGAGGUGACAGCGUCCCUGGGAUGGAGCCUGGAUCAGCUGGACCCCGGGGACGAGGCGGCGGAGGAUGAAAUCGCCAUAUGCCCUUAUGAUUCUAAUCAUCACAUGCCUAAAUCAUCACUAGCAAAGCACGUGGAGUCUUGCAGAUUGAGGAAACUGGGCUAUGACAAAGAGGAAGAGGAUGAAAUGUACAAUCCUGCUUUUUUCUAUGAGAAUUUGAAGAUUCCUUCAGUUACUUUGAAUAAGGAUUCACAGUUUCAGAUAAUCAAACAAGCUAGAACUGCAGCUGGAAAAGAUGGUGAUUGUUACAGUCAAAGAAUGUAUUCUUCAAUGCCUGUUGAAGUUCCUCUGAAUCAUAAACGAUCUGUUUGUGACCUUACCCAAGCAGAUCGUCUUGCCCUUUAUGAUUUUGUCAUUGAGGAGACAAAGAAAAAGCGUUCUGGUUCUCAAGUCAUUGAAAAUGACAGUGAUCUGUUUGUAGACUUGGCUGCUAAAGUCAAUCAAGAUAAUAGUCGAAAAAGUCCAAAAUCUUACCUAGAAAUCCUGGCAGAAGUGAGAGAUUACAAAAGAAGACGCCAGUCCUAUAGAGCUAAGAAUGUUCAUAUAACUAAAAAAUCUUAUACUGAGUUAUUAGGCUUUAAAUAUCAUGUGCAGAUAGCAUCAUACAGAAGAGUUACAAAACCACGAACAGGAAGAAUUCUGCCCAUCUUGACUUGGAUCACCUUUGCGGGUGUCUGGCCUUGUGUAAUUCGGGAUGUGAUAAAGGUGCACAUGGAAGAACUCAGCAACCAUUGGCAAGAAGAACAAGGAAGAGCAGAAGAUGGUGCUGAAAAGAAUGAAGAAAGGCGAUCAGCUUCGGUAGACUCUCGACAGUCUGGUGGAAGUUACUUGGAUGUUGAAAGUUCACGACAUAGAAGGGGUCGGAGUAGGAGCCCACACAAACGAAAAAGAAAUAAGGAUAAAAAUCCUGAGUCAAGGAGAAGGAAAGAGAGGGAUGGAGAAAGACAUCAUAGUCAUAAAAGAAGAAAGCAAAAAAUAUGAACAGAAUGUAAAUGCAUUAAUUACACUUAUGAAUAAAUAUGCUGGUGUUUUAAUUGUAAUCUUUACAUAGGAGAAAGUGGCUGUUAUGAUCGUGUAAUGCUCAUUUUAAUAAAUGUUUCCAACCAUGAGACAA